AUGAAAGUUCAAAAGACCAUAGAGCUUAUCAAGCGAUCCUAUGGCCAGCCAAUAUUGUUCCAUAGGCUCCACUGCCACCUUAGUCAUACUCUCAGGAAGGGAAAUCCGUUGUACGAGAUGUCUGAUGACUGGUCCAGGAUCCUGGUCUUUAGUGUAGCUCAGAAUGGAGGCAGCAACCAAGGACUCGAAAGUAAGAUCCUGUCAUUUCUGAAAGAGAUAAGGCCUCCGAUGAAUGACAAGGAGUCUAGGCUGAAGCUGUGGAUAAUACUGUACUACAUGAGAAGUAGGUCUCCUAGCCAAGUAAAUCAUCUGGUAGUUUUUGAGCUUGUCUCCAACUUCAUGGGAGACUCGCCGUUUGUAGACGGGCUUAUUCUCUCGGUACUCCGCGGAAUUACCACCAGUACGCACUUUGGACUGGAGGGGAAUAAGAAGAUGAGGAACGACGCGAUUGUCCAUCUGCUCGGGGCAAUAAAGGGAAAGUCCCUUGAUGUACUGAAUAGAGCGCUUGCGCUUCCAUGCUACAUAAGUCAUGAUGUAGAGCCUCCAAAGCUCUUAGACCUAAGUAUCGGAAAUGAUUUACAGACCUUUGUAGCGCUAGAGAACGUGUGUUUCUAUGCAAAGUAUAGCAAAUCUGUUGAGUUUGUGAAAAGAAUAGUUCCCGACGAGGUGUCUUUCAUCGAUUGCCUAAGAAGGUUUAUCUCCAGGUCGUUCCGCCUAGAUAAGAGGGAAGCACCUAAAUGCACGAUCGCAGACGGUGUUGUUGAAAGCUUCCCAAUACUAGAUGAGAUUAGGAGGGCACAUAGGGAGGCAAAGGAUAAAGAAAAGUUUGUAUCAAGAAUAAUAGAAUUCACAACGAAGCUGAGUAAAUGA